GAGGGGGUCUUUUCCCACAAACAACUUUGUGGAUUUCAACGUGUUUUUCGGCAAACUUUAGCGCGCGCGCUGCCCGGCUGAGUAGCCGACGUCCACACAGAAGACAUGAAGACACCUGGAGACAAUGGGAUUGCCUUCCCGGAAUGGGCCUACAAGCCCGAGUCGAGCCCAGGCUCCAGGCAGAUCCAGCUGUGGCACUUUAUCCUGGAGCUGCUCAGGAAAGAAGAGUAUCACGAUGUCAUCGCCUGGCAGGGGGACUACGGCGAGUUUGUCAUCAAAGACCCGGACGAAGUGGCCCGUCUGUGGGGGGCCAGGAAGUGUAAACCCCAAAUGAACUACGAUAAGCUGAGCAGGGCUCUCAGAUACUACUACAACAAGAGGAUCCUCCAUAAGACCAAAGGCAAGAGGUUCACCUACAAGUUUAACUUCAAUAAGCUGGUCUUGGUCAAUUACCCCUUUAUCGACAUGGGCUCCACCGGAAGCAGUGUUCCUCAGAGCGCACCUCCUGUCCCCACCGGUGCGGGGACCCACUUCCGGUUCCCGCCCUCCACGCCCUCCGAGGUCCUCUCCCCGAACGAGGACCUGCGCAGCCCCGGCGGCAUGUUCAGCUCCGUGGCCCGACGGAUGGCCCGGGGCUCCGUCAGCGACUGCAGCGACGGCACCUCGGUCAACUCCGAGAUCGAGGAGGGCAACGCCGGAGCGGGAGAGGAGAGGGGAGAGAGGAGCGUGAGCGGCGGAGGGGGCCCCGGCGGCGGAGGCGGCUACCGGAGCAUCAUCAACCCCCGCCUGUCACAUGAAGCCCUGUACCGCAUGUACGGGGGACCGGGGAACCCCGGCGGGCACCCGGGCCCCCGCCACGGGGCGCACCGGAUUCACCCGGAUUCCCUGUCGCCCUUCCCGGUGUCCCCCCUGCCGGGCCCGGGAGGAGCCGCCCUCCUAGCCCCUCCCCUUUCCCCGGCGCUCUCCAUGACCCCGUCUUCUCACCUGCCCUACACCCCGUCCCCCACCUUGUCCCCCAUGCUGGGCUCCCACUUCUCCUUCAACCCAGAGGACAUGAAGCGCUACCUGCAGGCCCACACCCAGUCGGUAUACAACUACGGCCUCAGCCCCCGAGCCUUCCUGCAGUACCCCAACAUCGUCAUCCCUCAGCCCCACCGGCUCGCCGCCGACAAGGCCGGCCUCUCCGGAGAGAGAGGCGCGGCCGAGAGGGCGAGCCGGGCAGAGCGGGGAGGAGAGCGCCACCAUCACCCGUCUCUGGCUCACGCCACCCACCACCACGCGCAUCCGCCUCAUUCCGCCCACCCUCACACCCACUCUCACCCCAUGCACCACCACCCGCUCCACCUGAGCGAGGAGCCGCUGCACAUGUCUCCCUUCAAGUUCAAGCUGCAGCCGCCGCCGCUCGGCAGGAAGCACAAGGAGAGCCAGAGCCAUAGUAAACCCCGGCAGAGCUCGCUGUCCUCCGGAUCCAUGACGUCUACGUCCGGCUUGGGCUCCUCGCUGUCGUUCGGCAGCGACCUGAGCUCCGCCAGCGGCUCGGGCCUCAUCUCGGCCUCUUCCUCAACGCAGUCCCUAAACAGUACGGGACUGCCCAAAAUAAAGGUGGAACCCAUCUCUGAUAUUGAGUCAGAGGAGGAGGUGGAGGUCACCGACAUCAGUGAUGAGGACCCAGACGAGAGAGAUGAGGAGUUUAAGCUCUUCUCCCCUCGCCACUUCAGAGCCCCCGAACACCACCACCACCACCACCACCACCACCACCUUGCUAACGGCACAGCCGCGCCCCAACACCACCCCCAUCCUGACGAGGACCUGGACGAGGACGUCUUCAAGGCCCCUGCCCCGCCUCCACCUGGCCUGAUGCCCUUCUUCACCUCGCAGCACACACACUCAAAUGCACCCCGCAUGCCGCCCGCCCUCAAGAGCGAACCCACCGAGCCAGUGGACAGCAACACCCCCCCGCCUCAGACUGUCUCUGUCGAAGCCCCUCAGACCAAGUGCAUCCCCCUCAAGCUGCGCUUCAAGAGGCGCUGGAGCGAAGACCAGCGCAUGGAGGCCUCCCAGGAGGAGUCGGACGACAAGAAGGUUCGACCCGAGGCGGAGAGGGAAAAGGAGAGGGAGAGGCAAAGGGAGAGGGAGAAGGAGAAAGAAAGGGAAAGCAACGGACGGAUGGAGACGGAGGAGAAUGGGACAGGCAGCAGAGAAGAGGACAGCCCCCCCCCGUUGGCAUACGAGGGCUCUUUGGCCACGCUGUUGGCCUCCCAGCGGCAGGUGAGCGCCGAGCUGCAUCGUGCCACCGCUCAGCUGUCUCUGGAGAACAAAGACUGCUGAUGGGAGGCCCGGUCCAAACACUACUGCUCCGGGAGCACUGGAGGGGGCACAGGAGUAUGUAAAUGGUUCCUCCGUAAUCCCUCUCCCAAACUAGAUCCCUGCGGCCCUCCCAGUGAACUGAGAGCACAGUCCAACACACACACACACACACACACAUCGAAAAACCAACACGUCAAAGACAGCCUCCCUCUUGUUUUGUUGGACACCCGCUCCAAUCAUCUGCCCGUCUGGACCGGGGCUCUUCUGGGACACUCAGACUCUGUGACUGGAACAGCGCUGACAUCAGAGGCCAGUGACGCUCCGGAGUCCGCCGUCCCAGUAGCACGGCUCCCUCCGCCAGGACCCAUCAGUGGGAUCAGCAGCCAGUCAGCACUUUCCUCAGGGGACACACUCUCUUAAAAGCCCAUUAACACGCCUCGGAUGAAGAUGCGCGCCCUUCUCCCCUACGCUAGUUUUCCUAAAAGAGGGCGGGACUUUGAUAAGUGCCUGUAUCUAAGAGAAGAAAACGAAAGAAGGCCGUGGAGUGACAUGGGAGAGAGAAAAGAAGUAGAGGACUGCUGCAAGAAAUCUUAAACUGAUAAAAGCCUUGUAAAGUAUGACAGCUACUGAAAAGUCAGCUGUAUGUUUGUCGGUUGCAUACACACACCACACACACACACCACACAUACACACACACACACACAGAAACAGUGAAAAGGACUAAACGUGGACGCAUUGCUUCUGGAUAACAACGCGCAUUCAUACUUCUCUCUGAACUUUAGACUUUUGUGUAACCUUCCUCCUGCGUCUCUUCUGUCCCGUCGCUCCCCCCCCCCCCCUCCCCUGCGGACCACCUGGGGAAAGAUCACGACUCCACUCAAAGACAUAAUCUCAACCUUCUCAGAGAAAAGAAUUAACCAGUACCUCAGCGUAGAGAAAGGACUGCUAAGGGGACCACGGGGGGAGGCAGCUGGGGGGGGGCUCACCCCCCCUUCUCACCUCCCCUAACUUGGCUUGUACACUGAAAAUAGUUUCUCUUAAGUCCCAGCAGCACAGAAUCCUCGUUCACCAGCUAAAGCUCCUCUAACAAUCAUCGAUAGUGUUUAAUUAAACCAGCAGCGAAGCGCACACACGCACACACACACACACACACACACAGCACUGCCUUCAGCUCUUAAACAUGCUUCUUGGCUCUUCGUCUGGACCUCCAGCUCUGUAGUGGCGUCAUCCUCAGGUCCUGAGUGUGUGAGACGACCAGGCCUGUAAACUGCACGAGUGUGAGAGCCUGAGAGAACAGGGAACAUCUUAGAGCUCACACACACACACACACGCACAUACACACACACACAUACACACACACCAACACUGCCUCUCAAUGCCUUGUUUUUAUAGCAUGUACAAAAUAGCAAACCGAGUUCUGAUGACACACGUACAGACUAUAUCUUUAUAUAUUCUAAAGGAAAUUAUUAUGGAAGUGAGAUUUUAAAAAGAACGAUUUUAAUGAUUCAGGAUUGUUUGUAGGUGAAUUAUUUUGAGUGUCCCCCCCACUCACUGGUCAGUGUGGCUUGGUGGCUGGUGGGGUGGGGAGGAGUGAUGACUAGUGGGGGGAUGGGGAGGGGGGCUCCGGGUUUUGUUUUUUUCAUCGACAAACAAAGCAGAGAAAACCAGCACAGGCCAGUUUACCAGAACAAGACGGUCCAGAAGAAGAAGAAGACGAAGAAAGCCGGACGGGAGCAGACUGCUAAUGACGCCGUCUGCAGCACUCGGUUCUUUCCCGCCUGUCUCUCAGCUCAGUGGGGUUCUCCCCGGCUCGAGCUGUCGUGCCCCCCCCCCCCCCCCCCUCCCUGGGCCCCCUCUCCAGGCCCUCUGUGUCUCACUGUGUGUGUGUGUGUGUGGGGGGGGGGGUGCGCUCAGAGUGAGCUCAUGGGACAAAAAGUAAUAAUCCUGUCUCCUCUCUUUGGUUAGUCGGCGUAACGCUCCAAAGUUCACAUGGGCUCUGGAUUAAGGUGAGAGAGAGAGAUGAGGUUAAAGGGUUAAUCAUUACUGGAAGAUAGCCGGAGGAAAGUGGGACAUGUGAGGCCCAGUCCUAGAAGGCCCUCUCCUCAAACUAUGUACCUUCACACAAACACACAAAUGAUCACGUUUGCGAUGACGUCCUGCCGCCAGGCGUCUGAUUGGUUGACUGAGCUCUGCUGACCAGCGGCCAGACGGAUCCAUAGCAGCGAGCUGCGAGAUAGAUGGGCUCCAGGCGCUCUGUGUAGCCGAGCUGAUUGAAUUUCCUGAUCAGACCCCUGUGGCCUGGACCGGAGCAUGUCUCUCUCACACACACACACACACACACCAAGUCCUGUGUCUGUAUUUGAACUGACAGCUGCCUUAUUACUCCUUUUCAUGACUCAGCAUUGGGCGACGCAUCUCUCUUACCUGCCCUCCUUCGCUCUAUUUUCAGUUUCCUUUUGCUCCGUUCCGACGCCGUCUGACUUUGUGCGAUAGUCGGACUCCGUCGUACCGCAGGAUAUCGCGUCCUGUUUCAGGCCUCACACACAACGGACGCUAGACAAACAGCACAAAGAUGACAUUUCUGUAUCAAAAGAUUAAAGAUUUCUCAGUUUAUUUUUCUGAUGACAAUAUUGCUAUUGAUUAUUGUUGUUGUUAUUGUUCUCAUUGGGUUAUUUACCUCUCCACCCGGCAUUAUUAUAAUUCCAUGGCCCUGUUAGCUGUUGCUUUUUAUGUUGUGUUACAUCACUUGGGAUGAUGUUGAAUCCCCCCAAAACUCCAUUCCCUCUUUCAAACCUUCAAGCCCCUCCUCCCCCCAAACUAGACAUUUUUGUGUCUUUAGUUUUUACAAAUGUAAUUUAACUAAAAUGUGUAAUAUCAACCUUUGAUGCCAACGGAGAAAUAACACCGGGGACUAAGAGGAAAAUGCAGCGGCGCAGGAUUUUAUUUAGUGGCAGAGGGAGGAGUGAUUUUAUCUCUUUUGUCGUGUAUUGUAAUUUUUAUUUUAUAAUGUUACAUUUUUUCUCUCUUUGCUUCUGUACAUUUUCUUUUUCAUUUUUUUUAGGGGGGGGUUGUGUAAUCUAAAAGGGAGAAGAAAAAAAAAAGAUUAGUAUUGUUUGACUGCAAAGGUCUAUCUUCUCCCUCUUUCACACUCAUCUUCGGCCUUGUCUCCCUGAGCCGUUACAUAACACUCGGAUGGAGAGAUGAGCGUUAAUACCAUGAUGUAACAUUGACUUUUCUCCACUUCUUUUGUGUUUUGUUUUUUUUCAAACUUGUAAUUAAGCUGUAAUCAGGGUUAAUUAAAACCAGUUGAAACCCAA